AUGGUGUCUUCGGUAGAUGGAGGUGAUUCAGGUGAACCGUUUGUAACAGCUGCGUUUUUAUCUUCAUUGGCAUUCAAUGGUCCUCCUUGGGUUGCAUCUGUGUUUUCACCUGCACUACCAUUUGUAUUGUCCGAAGGCUCUACGUCUGUAUUGCUGUCAGACCCACUUCCAAUAGAUCCAUCAUCUGGUUUGGCAUCAUCAUUCGAGGUACUGCCAUCGCUCGGUUUAACAUCAUUCGAGGUACCGUCAUCACUUGGUUUAUCGUCAUCUCUUGGUUUACCUUCAUCAGGUUUGGUAUCACUCGGUUUAACAUCACCCGGUUUACCGUCAUCACCCGAUUUAUCAUCAUGUGUUUUGACAUCAUUCGAGGUACCGUCACCUGGUUUGACAUCAUCCGGCUCACCAACACCAAGUUUAACAUCAUCACUUGGCUUAACAUCAUCAGUCGAUUUGUCAUCACUCGGUUUAUCAUCACUGGGCUUAUCAUCACUAGGUAUGUCAUCAUUGGGGUUAUUAUCACUGGGUAUGUCAUCGUUGGGCUUAUUAUCACUGGGUUUAUCGUCAUCGGGUUUAACGUCAUUAGAGUUAUCACCCGAUUUGUCAUCGAUCUGUUUGCCAUCAUCCCCCGAUUUAUCAUCAUCCGGUUUAAUAUCGUCACUGGACUUGUCAUUCGAGAUACCGUCGUCAGGUUUAAUAUCAUCACUGGGUUUGCUAUCCUCAUUUAUUUUCGCAUCAGGUUUAGGUACACCGGAUGUACCAGGCCCACGGAAUUGGUAA